ACGUGAAUGCACUCAGCAAUGGCGAAACGAAAAGAUGAAACAUCUCUGCAACAGCCUAAAAAAAAGGUUUGUUUGACUUUCAAACAAGAAUGGCUAAAUGAACUCGUUCAAACGGAUACUAGUGAUGGCCCUGACAAAUCCGUUAAAUUGUCUGAAAUAUUUAGUUACGGAGCUAAUGGGAUUGUGUGCAAAAUUUGCUCCGAAGCUAAAAUUAAAGGAGAGUUUUCCACCGGGAAAACGUGGGCAGACUGGAAACUUGACUACCUAAAACGCCACUUAACACACAAAUGUCACAUUGAUGCUGUGAAAGCAUUGUACAAUAAAAAACAUGGGACUGCGAUUAACCAGCUUCUCGGAGAGUCGAGAGAAUCUAGAGAAAAACGUAUCGACCUCGCCAAUAAGAGCAAGGCAAACCCUGAACAAAUCAAAAUUCUGAUCGAUAACGUGCUGCUUGCCAUUAAAAUGAACGCGUCGAUGCUAUCUGUUCAAGAACUUCAUAAUCAUCUGGCAAAAUAUGUAAGUCUCCCCGACAGCUGGAGAAGUAAAAACUACGCAUUUGAAUUUGUGGAGUCAAUUAAUGCAGUUGUACAAGCUGAGACUAUGGAAGCUGUAAGAAAUGCCAGUGUUCACACGUUGAUAGUUGACGAAAGCACAGACAUUACAGUACACAAAAUGCUAGUUCUUUACAUUAAGUUUAGAGAACAAAAUCAAUUCGCAUACAAAACUGUAUUUGCCGGAAUCAUUCAGCUGGCACGAUGCAGCGCCCAGGAUAUAGCAGAUGCAAUAACACAGUUCUACACUGAUCAUGGACUUGAUUUGCAGAAAAUGGCCAUGUUAACGUCUGACGGCGCUUCUGUCAUGUUAGGCAAACAUAAUGGAGUCACUGCAAUACUUAGACGGCAAAUACCGCACCUUACAGAACAACACUGCGUUGCUCAUCGAGAGGAUUUGGGAAUUGAUGAUGCAUGGAAAGGCAUGCAGUUGAUGAAAGAAGUGGAAACACUUUUAAGAACAGUAUAUUCACUAUUCAGUAGGUCUUCUGUAAAGAAAAGCAAAUUCGACGAGUUGGCAAAAGUAUUAGAAGUGGAUUCACUGUCUUUCCGACCGCUGAAUGAGGUUCGCUGGUUGUCACGUUACCAAGCUGUUAAUGCUUUUUUGCGGAAUUACAGUCUGUUAACCGAGUAUUGUUCAAAAGAAGCAGACAACGACGACCCGAUUGCGAAAUACUGUCUCAAAAAACUGUCUGAUCCCAAGUACAGAGUUGCAAUUACUGUUCUCGGAGAUGUGUUGGAAGAACUAGCUCAGCUCAGUGUCUCCCUGCAGCGCAGCAAUCUUAACAUCAUUGAUGCUCAUUGCUUUGCCAGAGCUAAGAUGGAAAAACUUAAAUCUCAGUAUCUCGGGCAGCAUAUUCAUUGGAGCACCCGUGUGAACGAGCUGUUGGGGAAACAUGACAGUGCUAUAAAUACAGCGGAGAUUAUUCUGUUUGUCCGCAAAGUUUGUGACCAUCUUGACGCAAGAUUUCCUGAAGGUGAGCUUAAAGAAUGGUCUGCAUUUAGCCUAGAAACACUGGAUUCAGCAAUUGAUUUUGAUCACGGCAGAACUGAUGUAACCAGACUGACAGAGAAGUUCCACGCUUUUCUAAAACAAAGAGAUGAUGACGUCACCGAGAACAUCUGUCAACAGUACAGGGACUUCAAGUUCACCGUCAAAGAAAAAAGAAAGACAGGAGCGCUGCAGACAUUCGAUGAAAUGGUAACCUGGGCACUAAAAACUCUGGACUUUGGGGAGCUUGCACAGUUAAUUGACAUUUGCGGGACAUUUCAAGCGUCUAGUGCAGACUGUGAACGCGGUUUCAGUCUCAUGAAUCGUAUCAAGACAAAUUCACGCAACCGACUUCAGACCACCCACUUGGAUCAGCUAAUGAGAAUCCGGUCCACACAAGCAGAUGGGUCUAUCAAUCUGGACAAGAUCUAUAACCACUGGAAAGGUAUUAAGGACAGACGGGAGAAGUUUUAAAGGUUCUGUUUUGAGAGAAGUUCCAUAUCUCCACCUGCAAGGCCAUUCAAGAGAGCACUGAUGAAGCACUGUUGCACUAAAAGUUGUUAAAACUGUUAAAACUAAAACAUUAAAAAAAUGUUGUGUUUGUAUUCUAUAUCAUUUUUAUCCAAUCUGCCUUAAUAAAAUGUGUUUGGAUAAAAAGAUUGAACAUUUAUUAUUACUAUACUGUAAAAUUGGUUGAACAGUUAAUACAAUUUACAAAUUUUCUAUCAAACUAUAGCCCCUUAAUGACAACAUGCUCUUUUUGUGAAAUAUACGAUUUUUGAUGAAAUUGCACAGUCUAAAGGUUUGCGCUCAGAAAUUUUUUUAUUUG